CCAGGAGUGGAGGAGGAGACGCAGGUUAUUGAAGUAGUUGAAACUCAGCACGCAUUGAAACGCAGAGGUUGUUUUUUUUUUUUUGGUUUAUCGGUAUUUUAGGAUGUUUUCCAAGCCAAUAAUGGCGUUUGUGGCUUACCUGACUCUACUGACAACAGUCGCCAUCACAGAGAUGACUGCUAGCUGCCCAGUUGUGUGUGAAUGCCCUGCACAGCCCCCUGUGUGCCUCCCAGGUGUAAGCAUGGUGCCAGACCGCUGUGGCUGCUGCAAGGUGUGCGCCGCACAGCUUAACGAAGACUGCAGCCACUCAAAGCCCUGCGACAACCACAAAGGACUGGAGUGUAAUUAUGGCAAUGAUGUGAUCGUGGCCUGGGGCGUCUGUCAAGCAAAAUCAGAGGGACACACAUGUGAGUACAACAACAGGAUCUACCAGAAUGGAGAGAUCUUCCACGCAGGCUGUAAGCACCAGUGUUCCUGCAUUGACGGAGCUGUCGGCUGCACUUCACUCUGCAGCAACAAGCUGCCACAUGCUUCUCUGUCCUGCCCCUUCCCACGACUGGUCAGGAUACCGGGACAGUGCUGCUUCAAUGUCGACUGCCAUAAGGACACCGGGCGUCUUCCACCUAAGUACCAGGUGCCUCCUCUACAGCAGCAUUUGCACAGACCUCGGUACCAUGCUGUGCCACACCGAGCUGGAAAUGAACUGGUCCCAGACAAUGGCAUCAACCAUGUCAAGGCAAGCAGCUUGGAGAACCGACUUGGCCACAAACACAUGCCUGUGUGGGACACCCUGAUGGGGGAAAAGUGUCCAGUAGAGACCACUGAAUGGUCCCAGUGCUCACGCAGCUGUGGCAUGGGCAUCUCCUCUCGCGUCACCAAUGAGAACCUUCAGUGCAAGCCGAAGAAGGAGACAAGAAUCUGCACCAUACGGCCGUGCCACAGCCUGACCAUCCCAGCCAAGAAAGGUAAGCACUGCUCCCCAACCCAGAAAGCCCCAAAGCCAAUCCGCCUUUCCUAUGGGGAAUGUCAAAGCGUCCGUCUCCACCGGCCAAACUACUGCGGCGUGUGUUCAGACGGCCGCUGCUGCUCCCCACAUCGUACCCGCACCGUACCUUUGACCUUUGUCUGCCCGGACGGCGAGCGCUUCCAGAAGCUGACCAUGGUUAUCCAGUCAUGUAAAUGCAGCUAUGACUGUGGCCACCUCAAUGAAUCGGCGCUGCCUCCACAGCACUGGAUGUAUGGCGACACGCACAAAUUCAUUGAUUAGUCCUGGUGAUUGUUGUUUGGAAUGUGCCAAAAUCAUCCCAGAGGAGGAUCCUUCAGGACAAUGAGCCGCUUCACUUCAUCCGGCUCUAAAACAGUGAAGACCAAAGGCAAGAUACACUGCCGUGAUUAAUAAUCACUAUCCUGUAAGCAAACCACAUUGUAAUAUGUGACCAGAGUGGAUAGUACACUCGCCUAUUGCUGUUUAAACCUGACUUGGGACCUAAAUUAGAGCCCUGAAAUCCCCGACCAUUCUGCACUCUCCAAUAAUUCUUGGUUUCAUUUAUGGAAGAUGAAACGCUCCGAUCAAUCAGAGGAGAAACUCCUCACAAGCAACAAAGCCCUUUACUGGCAUUGACAUUUGUUACAGUUGUAUAACACCAGUGAAAAGGAAUUUUUAGCAUCGUCGUUUUACCUUGGUGAGGACUAAUAAUGCACUGUGACUACUCAGCAACAUUAUAAAACCAGGCAUCAAUUGUGCCUUUAAUGACCUGUUGCUGUGCACACAUUAAAUGACUUGGUUUACUUGAAAACCUAAUCUUAGGUUUAAUAAGUAACCCUAACUUGACUCCAAAGAUUUCAGCAUGAAAUGAACUAAUGCUGAGUUCUUGUCUUAGAAAUAAAUAAGAUUUCACUCACAAAAA